UGUGACGUGGUUAUCCCCUUAAUCUUCCAGACAGCUGUCUGGAUUUAGGUAGUGAUGAACAUAAUCCUGUUUGGCACCUUGAGGAACCGCCGAGCUGGAGAGGUCUUAAAGGACAGAAAGAGAAGAAGGAGGAGGAGGAGGAGGUUCAGGUUUCACUAUUGUCUGAGUCAGUUUGCAGGAUGGGAAAUACAAAGAGCAGUGCUUUGUCAAAGGAGCUCCUGGAGGAUCUGAAAUCCAACACAAAGUACACCGAGGCCGAGCUCUGCACCUGGUACCAGUCCUUCCUGAAGGAGUGUCCCAGUGGGAAGAUCAGCAAGGAGCAGUUUGAAGGCAUCUACGCCAGCUUCUUCCCAAACGCAGACCCCACAGAGUACGCACGGCACGUAUUCAGGAGUUUUGACACAAAUGCAGAUGGCACUUUGGACUUCAAGGAGUACAUUGUCGCUCUGCACCUCACAUCCGGGGGAAAGACUCUGCAGAAGCUGGAGUGGGCCUUUGGCCUGUACGAUGUGGACGGGAAUGGAACCAUCAGCAAAAAUGAAAUCCUAGAGAUUGUUAAGUCAAUAUUCAACAUGAUUCCUGUUGAUGACCAGAAGAACCUCCCCGAGGAUGAAAACACACCAGAGAAGCGGGCUGAAAAAAUCUGGGGAUUCUUUGGGAAGAAGGAAAACGAUAAAAUCACAGAGGGAGAAUUCAUUCAGGGCGUGAUGGACAACAAGGACAUCCUGCGUUUGAUACAAUAUGAUGAGCCUCAGAAGAUUAAAGACAAGCUGAAAGAGAAGAAGCACUAACGUCUCGCUUUAAAAAGCCACCUUCAUGUGCUUUUAAGACUCACUUAUUUUUUCACCAACAUUCUAAUGUGAGCUGGCUGCUUGUUCUCACUUUUUUAUGUUAUUCAUUCAUUUGUGGACUAAUUUUUUACAUGUUUUUCUUUGUAUCCAUAAAGCAAUUAGAUUACUGCAUGUGAAACUAUAUACACAUGUAUAUAUAAGUGGCUCUGUAUUAGACAUGUGGUAAACAACAGUAUCAUAACACCCCAAAAACCUAAACAUACAUAAAGCUACAUAUUCCUGUUCUCCGGAACUGAAACAUCAAUUUUUUAAAACAUCAGUUUUAAUGCUCCGGUUUCUUAUUAAUUUAUACCACUUCAAUGUGACAACAGUUAAAUCUAAAGUCUUACAUAAUCAGGGGAAAGAAGCUAGCAUCUAGAUGCUAACUAGCCUAGCUGGCUGUAGGCUAACGGCUGUCCCUGCAGCCUCUGACUGUGGAACU